UCUCUCUCUCUCUCUCUCCCUAAAAAAGUCUCCCUCAUCUCCCCUCAUCUCUCACCUCCCGAGUCAAACAGCAGAAGAGAAAAACUAUCUACCCGAACAGGAAAAACAUUCACUACCAAACACACACACACACACACACACACUUCCAGAAACAACAGCAGCAGCAGCAACAACAACAUCCAUACUCCCUCUUCGCUCUCCAAGAAAAGACGAAAGUCUCGCAUCGAUGAGAGAGAAAAACAGGGGACUGGGACAAGAGACCCAAUAGCAUCGAACACAACACCUGUGAACUACCUUUUGCUUUUUAAUGCUCUCUCUCUCUCUCUCUCUCUCUCUCUCUUAAAGAAAGUGCCUUGAUUCUCUCCUCUCUCUCUCCCUCUCUUUCCCUCUCCUUGUUUGUCUUUGCUUGAGAAAUCGUGCCCUCUUGCUCUCUCUCUCUCUCUCUGGUCCUGCCUUCCCCUCUCGUGAUAUGGGGUUGUAAAUGGCCGUAUCGGUGAAAAUGGCGCAAACCAACAAACCCCACAUUGCCGGCAACGGCGGCGGCAACAGCGAGGCCCCACUGCAGCAGCAGCAGCAGGAGGUGAAGCCCAUGUUCCAUGACUUCCUCGGCAUGAAGAAGCCCGAUUCCCCCGCCGCCGCCGCCGCCGCCGCCGGCGGGCGCGGCGGGGACGCCCGCCCGUCGGAGGCGGCGUCGCCGGCCGCCUCCCUGUCCGUGGGGGCCUCCUCCGGCGGCGGGCGAGGGCCUAUCUCCACCACCUCUGAUCUGGGGUCCGAAAGACAGGUUAGUAAUCAUUUCGAGGGCGUUCCCUACUAUGUUCCGAGGAGUGAAGCCGAAAUAAGUCGCAGAUUAGCAGGGAGUAAGCGAAGUGCCUCAGACUCUGCCUUCAUUGGCUCAACCAGAGAAGCAAUGACUCAGCGAGGACCCGAUUCGAAUGAGAAUUUACAUUUAAUGAAGAUUCUUCGAAAUGGGGCAGGAGGAGAGAGGCCUAGAAGGUCAAAUGAAGAGGAGGUUUUACUGGGUGUGCAGCCGCUGAGGCAAUCUUCUGGCUCGCUUAUAUUGCACCCGGGUUCUAGCAGUAGAAAUGAGGCGACUGUUUCCAAAUGGGAGCGGCCCAUGCCCAUGAAUUUGGGCCCUGCAGUUCAGUUUGCUCCACGAGGAGGUCAAUACGUUCCUUUUGUUCACAAUGUGCCUCCAAACAGAUUCAGGGAAGUCCACCCGAGCCCUCCAGUUCUCUCACAAUCGGCUGCUGAUGAAGGGUCUAGAACUGGGAUCAAAGGCCCCGGAAUUUUGAGCUCAAUGACUGCCGGUACCAGCUCCGAGAAGAACUUGUCUGCAAUGCCUCCUAGUGGCAACAGGGCAAAGACUGCGACACUAAUUACAGAGCCAGAGUCUUUCAACCCCCCGAGCAGUCGACCUGGAUUGACAUCAGAAAGUCGGCAAAUGACUAUAUUCUAUUGUGGCCAAGCUCAUGUUUUUGAUGAUGUCCACCCAAACAAGGCAGAUGUCAUAAUGGCUUUGGCCGGAUCAAAUGGAGGAUCAUGGUCAACAAUGUACUCGCCCAAAUCCGGCACAAGGCCAACUAAUGAAAGCAACGUUCUCACCGGAGAAAAUAAAGCAAGCGUGUCAUUUUCACGAGACUUUCAUGGGAAGUCGCCUGCCACCGCCGACUCUAGUCACGGCACUGGAUCAGGCAAUCGGAUCUCAAACCCUUCAGGUGGCCCUAGAGGACAUCUUAUAGUGAAGGACCCGAGAAAACCGCUCCAAGUGGCAGAACGCAUUGCCGAAGAGAAAGUCGAUCCGUGAUGUAAAGUUUUGUCUGGUAAAUCGAAUUUUCAGUAGAAAGUUCUGUUAACCGGAGUUUUAGCAAUCAGCCCCUCUGUUGUUCUCCAAUCUUUUGUGGCUUCAUUGAUUUCCUAUUUGUCCUUCCCCAUUCUUCUUUUGGAUUGCCAAUGAGGAAUCUGUUGAUCUGUGGAAAGAAUCUGAAGGAAAUCAUUGCUUGUAGAGACCCAGUUAAAAUCCUUGCACUGCCUUUGCUUCAUUUUCAGUAAAUGAACUAGAAAAAAGGGGCAAAAAAAUGAGGAAUGCUUUUGAUGUCCCCAUCAUGAGUUCAAUGCA